AACAAUCCGAAAGGAUCCCUAUGAUUCCAAGGGUUACACACACACAACAGACAGCAGCACCUAGAAAGGUUGCCUCUUUGUGCAUGCAGAAACUUAAUUACUGUAUUCAUGACCUGCUUUCACACGGAACGCCUACUCCAUCUUACUUGUUGGUGGCGGGAGAACGCCAUGAAGCUUACUGCGGUCAUGACGUGUGUAAAGAUUCACGACAGGAGAAAAACAAUAGGUUCGUUUGGUGUGUGCCGCUGGUUCUGCCAGACAGCAUUGUCUUUCUGUCAGCUGCCGGCUCCGCAUGCUGCUGGUGGAGGUGUUUGUGUGCCAAAAGCCCUCGACGGGUUUUAGGCUGUUGCACUCUCCUUUAAACCUGGGUUAGGAAUAGUUUUGAUUGAUCUCAACAAUAUUUUUUGCGGUUGAUCCCCUGGGAAUUUAUUGACCCACAUUUUCCAUCGUUUUACCCAAAGUAGAGGUUGUUUGCUAAAACAUGUUUUGCACUGUGAGUAUCUACCAUGCCAACAAUGCCGUCGUUUUGAACACCUUGCCAUUCUGUUUUUCUAUCUAUUUGGGGGUCUAUACAAAUGGAUUAAAUGUCUGAAGAUGAGCACGCAUGGAGCCUGGGACUCGAUCAAGCUUCAUUCUAAGUUUUUGGUCCCAGGUGGAUCCAGGUAGUGCAGAAUUUCUAUUUGUGUGCUUGGGAAGACCUCGGACAAUAGGGUGUGAGCAACUGGUGUCUUGAGUGACAUCCUCCAUGAUCCAACUUUGUGCUUCUUCCGAGGCUGGUGGAAGAGGCUUCGAGCUGCUGUGAUGAAGGCAAGGGCGGUGCUUUUCAGGUUUGGAAUUUCGCUUCAACGUGGCUCAGUACUCUGGGCCUGUGAAGAGUUUUUCACUCUUUGGGUCGCAGAGUUGGAACAAGAUCAUCUCCCCAUCGUGGGAACACUCUGUGCGUUGGUGGCUGCGCAUCAAAACUUGCCCAGCAAGGGAGAUGUGGAAGUGUGGGCCAUUGAAACCGAAAAGGUCAUCAGCGCUUCAGCGCAGAAGUGGCGUCUAUCAGCGCAUGAAUUCACCGACACAGUUCACAGAUUGGGCUCCCUGCCGGUUGAGAAUACCAUCAAGUUAGUCAAGAAGGUCGACCAGGCUCUGGCCACACGAGAUUCCGACAAGGUAACGCCAGGCCAUGAAGCCUUCAAAGAUAGUGAAGGAGAUGAACAAGUUGGCAGGCUACCCACAGCGUCUUCUGAGGAUGGCGGAGACGAAGGAGUUGACGUGGUGCCCACAGGUUCUCUCCCUCUCCAGGAC